CGUUUAGUAAAAUUUGCAGCACAUCCCACAAAAGGAUGGAUUAUAGUGCUUUACCCACAAUGCACUCCCACCAUCGGCCUUUUUGCAGCCGAUCAUCAAAAUGGGUAUAGAUUUGGACCACUCCAAACAACGGCGGGUUCGUAGAACCGAACCGAAGAGUCGGGAUAUUUAUCUCGGACUUCUUGUGAAGUUGUACCGAUUCCUGGCUCGCCGCACCAACUCCAAGUUCAAUAAAGUGGUGCUUCGACGGCUGUUCAUGAGCAGAGCCAAUCGUCAGCCCUUGUCCCUGGCAAGGCUGGUUCGUAAGAUGAAACUGGGAGGCCGUGAAGACAAGACGGCAGUUGUGAUCGGAACAGUGACCGAUGAUCUUCGUAUCUUCACUGUGCCGAAGGUCAAGCUGUGUGCUCUGCAUGUGACAGCCCGUGCUAGGGCCAGGAUCAUCAAGGCCGGUGGUGAGAUUAUCACCCUGGACCAGCUUGCUCUCAAGGCACCCAAAGGCCAGAACACAGUCCUCUUGCAAGGACCACGCAAGUCAAGGGAAGUGUACAGACACUUUGGCAAAGCACCAGGAACUCCCCACUCACACACCAAGCCCUACGUACGUGCCAAGGGCAGGAAGUUUGAGAGAGCUCGUGGCAAGCGUGCCAGCCGAGGAUACAAGAACUAGGGCACCUGUCAAAAGAUACAAAACCAUCAUCAUCAUCAUCAUUGUUAUGUGAAUCUCUUACGAUCGAACUACUAUUUUCCCAAAAGGCUCAAGCAAUGAAAAAACAGUCAUGUUAGACUUCCUUUCGAUAAGGGAUCAAAUAAUUUUACCAGAAAUGGUUGUUGCAAAACUUGAGUGGUUUUAGAAAAAAAAUGUACAACUUGGAUCUCUUGUUUUUUUGGAGGUUGGACAUUUAUAUACCCAUUCCUCCUGGUUUCUUGAAGGUUCACAUUGUGAGCGAAACCAUGAAUAAACGGAAGAUAUUGGCAAAAGGCUUAAA